AUGGCUCCUAGAAAAGCAAAAAAGGAUUCUGACACUUCUGACUCAGGACCUGACGAUAUUGUCGAGAAGCCAGCAGCCAAAAAAGCUAAAACGAGCCGUGCAAAAGAUGAUGAAGAUGAAAACUCUUGGAGUCUCGAUAAGAGACGCUUUCUGAAAGUUAGAGAAUUUAAAGGAAAACUAAUGGUGGACAUUAGAGAAUUUUAUGAAACCGAUGGCGAUUUGAAACCUGGUAAAAAAGGUAUUUCAUUAAGCGUUGAGCAGUGGAAAAAACUGUGUGGUUAUGUAGAUGAAGUUAAUGAAGCCCUUAAGAAUAUGUAA